AUGGCCUCUUUCGAUGAGGGGGACUUCCCCGCUCAGACCACCCAUUCUCCGUCCCAACCGGACAAUUUCUUCAUGAGCGACCACAAUAUCUCUGAGGCCCAUCCUCCACCCUCGACUCAACAUUCGUUGAAUCGAGAUGGAGAUGGAGAUGAUGAUUUUGGAUCUGAAAAUAAUCCCGCCUCCCCCAACCAUGCCAACGGCAACGACGACGCGUUAUUCGCCUCCGACGGGCCAUUCUUACGCCUUGAGUGGCGCUGGAAAAGAAAGAGAAGGAGAUGCGCAAUCAAGAAGGCCUUCUACGAGAAAAGAGAGAAGACCAUCGAGACCAAGAAGGCUGAUAACCGCGAAAGGGAGAAGAGCGAGCUUAUCUCGCGUGAGGUUCCCAACAUUGACAAGAAGCGAGGGAAAAAUGAUCCCGACAAGAAACCAUCCAUGAUUGUUAUCCAGGGUCCUAAACCUGGGAAGCCCACCGAUCUUGGGAGAAUGAGGCAGAUUUUCCUCAAGCUCAAGACUAAUCCACCACCCCACAUGAUGCCUCCUCCGCCCCCAGCCAAAAUGCCAAAGACGGAAAACCUGCAGCGGAAACAAAGGGGGCAGAAGAAAAACAUGCUUCACCUGAAACAGUGA